CGACAUACCCCAGAGCUCCAAACCGUGCGACACAAGACUGCGGGUCCUUUCCUCGAGUUCAAUAUGUCUUUCCCUCCUGCUGUAUAGAUAUUCAUUUCACGAACGUCAUCGCAAGCAACUGCUACGAGUGAAUCUGAUUGGACUUGCUCUGACCCGUCGCCAAAGGCGAGACCUCGCGCCAAUUGCACUGCGACACACGACUCCGACUCCAACGAUCCACCACCUUGCACAACAACGACCACCUUGCUCUCUCUUGCUCUAUUUUCGAGACCGAUGCUAUCUACAGCUAUUUGCGUUGCUGCCCGAACCUUGAGCCCACCGCUGUAAAGGUUGCCUCCAGAUGUCACAUCAGCCAACAGGCUUGCCCGUUAGCCGCCAGCGCGAUCUGAGCUGACUGGACACCAACAAUGGCUUAUCGAGAUCGCGACAAUGAGGUCGAAGAGAGACCGAGCGAGAGACGACACCGCACAAAAAGUGAGAAGGAUCCAAAUCGUCCUCACAAAUCCUCCCGGAGCUCCAAGCCGAAGGUGAUCGACCCAGAGACAGGCGAAGCUAUCAAAUCACCACAUCGACGUCGCAAGGACAGGGACAAGGACAAGGACAGAGAUAAAGAAUCUGAGCAGUCCAAGUCAAUGGCCGAUCUUGUUCCAGAACUGGCACGAACAGCUUCUGCUCCUGGCGAGACCUCAAGAAGCAACCUCCCAUACCCAAGCUUCAACAAGAAUUACAGCAAGGAAGCGGUCAACAGCAGAGACGAUAUCAGGCUGCCUCCUAAGUCCAAAUCCAACCCAUACACGCCAGAAUCAACAGAUCUAGGCUCGGACGGAAAGGCACGGUCGAAAUCAGCCGAUCAUUUCACCCCUCCACGAUCUUCUAAUAUCCCCAAAGAUGACAGGCCACCAAGUCCACCCGAGACGGAGUUCUCCCAACAGAGAAAGGGGGCCCCGACCCGAAUGACAAAAGUUCAGGAGGAUGAGGAGGAAAACACCAGAUCAAGCUCGAGGAAUUCGUGGUUUGGAAGAACCACGAAGGAGUCCAAAGUUUCUGUCAAGUCUAAGGGGUCAAAGGCUAGCACGAUCAAAUCACCUAGAUCCAAGGACACCAGUGUUUUCACCGAGGAAAGUCGCGAUUCCGCUGGAUCAAAUGUCACAUCCGUGGCCCCGAACCAAGAUUCGAUAGAAACUCCUGGCGAACGACCAGCACUGGAUACCGAUUCGUCUCCAGCCUCAGCACAAGACUCAUCGCCGAGGACUCCCACUCAAACACCGGGGUUUCCUCCCUCGUCUAUCCCAGAUCUGAAGCCAGCCCCAUCACCUUUCAUCCACUUCGAAGGCACGGAGGCAGUGUCGAGCGCGCACAACUCUCCACAACCUCCCCCACCUCCUCCACCACCCAAUGUACCGAUACAUAUCCCACGGGUAGACUAUUUGAUGCAGAAUGGAGGUCUCCUACGUCCUGUACAGAAGACUCUACUUGGAGGUACUUCAACAUUUGCUUCUCUACCAGGUUCUUCGGCAGCUACCCCCGUCCCUUCGGACAUUGAGAGAAUAUUUGGACCAUACUUCAAUAUUUUGGAUCAGUAUGAGAGUGUCAUAAAUAAGAAUGGAUCACUGGCAGUCGCGACGGGUUACAGAUCAGUCGCGAGGAGAUUACUCGACAGAUUGGAAAAUGUCUUCAACAGGGACCUCUCACCUGAAGGGUGCUUUUGUAUCAUGUGCCAACAUUCAGAUCUAUCAAUACACGAAGGGAGCAGAGGAUUGGGGUGGGGGGAAGUUUUGGAAUGGGUUAGUGGUCGACGCGAGCUCCCGGUUUGGCCAGCAUUCGAUUUCGCAACACUUGGCGUAAAAGCUGGAGAUGAUCUGGCCGGCCUCGGUAUAAUAGACGGUGAACCUCCAAGGCCAGGAUCGCCAGUCAAGAUUGAUCCGGAUAUUGCUGAAGAGUUCCGCGAGCACUUCCUCCAACAGUCAAAGAAGACUAAGAAAGCUGUAAACCAAUGGCUUUCGAGUUGUCCCCAAACGGCUGCCACUCCUCCGCAAGAAGUUGACGACGAAACACUGUCCUUUGCAAUCCUAACUCACCUGGAACAAAACCUUCGACCAGUCUUCAACGCUUUGGUUUCUGGAUCAACGGUCUUGCAACCAGUGUCACGAGCGCCAACUGCACCGAAGAAGCCUCGAUCCGAAUUCAUGAUUAAGACUGUUCAUUCUCUGCAAAGACUUUAUCGAUUGCCAGGCCCUCCCCGAGACCCUGAGGCGGCGAUCUAUCUUCUCAAGAAUCCCCACCUCCACAAUCUUCUCGCAACCAUGUCGAGCAUCAAUGCUUCCGAGUGGGAAAUCCUGAUCUCAGGCCGAUUUGACGGUUUCUUGUGGUCUGGUGCCGAGACUGAAGGCCAGUCUGCAGAUCCCUCACCCGCACCAUCUCGUGGGCCCACGCCAGCGGGUGGCGUUCCGUUCCGUGGACCAAUGUCGCCGGCCAUGCGCCAGGCCACCGGCUCUAGAACCAACACCCCAUUUUCACCGCUAAGAAACCAAACCUUUUCUCCUCCCCUUAGCUAUCCUUCUCGAGGCCCCACUCCUUCUCAACAACUUCGGCAACCUGUCUCGAAUGACGAGGAAACAGAGAUUGCCGUCUUGGCUGAAAUUGAGCGAGAGAUUUAUCUUGGCAUGGAAGCAUUGGAGGAUGCCUUUGAAGGAUUGCAUCGAAAGGCCGAGUUGGUUCGGAGAGCGCUUCGGGAGCGUGGUGCUGGACUUUCAAUGUCACUUCAGUCGAGAAGAACAACCUAUCCGGAUAUCCUCAGUGCGAGCACACCGGGUCUGCCAUCGGCGGGCCUAGGUCCUGGCUACGAGAGACCCAGCUGGGGUGAAGGAAGUGAGGCAACCAGUGAGAGUGAAUGGGACCCAGGAGAGGAGCUUAUGAGCGAGUUGGCGCCGGAUGAUUCAGCUAGCAACAUCAGCAGUUCGAGACACAGGAGGCCAAAAAGGCGACAUGAACGACGAACCCCGGCUUUGGUUGAAGAGGAAGACGAGGAUUAAGAUCACGUUCACCGUGCGCAGGCAUGUUCACUUGAUAUGGAACCAACGUCGUGAUUGCUUUACGAAAUGACAUUUGAUGGCAACAAACUGAUAUGGGAAGCAACUCGGCAAGGCGGCAUCAAUGGGGCGAGUUUGUGAUUCUUUGAGGAUAGAUUGAUACCAUGGGUAUCGAAUACUUUGUAAAUGAACUUCCCUUGGGUGGAGUUUUGCAUUGUCAGGAGUUUCAUGAGCAUAGCGAUCGCGAUGAUCGCUGGAUAUUUCCGAUCAUACGCAUACGAAGUACCUAGGGGGGUUUCAGGAGUGAAAGAGUGCUUUUCAGGUAGAGAAUCAAUUGAGUGACUACUUCUCGAAAGCUCCUUGAAGUUUUCGAACAAAAUGACUUGUAGUUUGUCUCGGACUCCGUUUCACCCUAGAAACGUAAGCAGAAGCAGAUAGCUCUUCCUAAACACGCUCUCCUGUGUAGAACAAAGCCACAUGACUAAUACAUAC